AUGAGAGAUUUGGUGGCUCAUCAUCUCCUCUUCACCUUGUUUCUCUUCGGCAUUUUGGCUGCAAAUCAUGCAUGCGACCAAAACGACCAGGUCUCUCUCUUGUCCUUUCCCUUCAAUACAUCAUCUCCUCCAUUAAAUUGGUCUUCUAUUGAUUGUUGCCGUUGGGAAGGUAUUUCUUGUGAUCAAAACGGUAAGGUCACCCGUAUUUGGUUACCCUCUAGACACCUCAAAGGGAGUGUAUCUCCCUUUCUUGGAAACCUCACAAGGCUCACUCACCUCAAUCUCUCCCACAAUUCAUUUUCGGGAGCCGUCCCUACAGGAUUCUUUUCAUCCUUGAAUCAACUCAAGAUCCUUGAUUUGAGCUACAACUAUCUGGGUGGAGAUAUAUCAUUGAUGUUUUCAUCUAAUGGUUCUUCUACCGGUUGGCCAACCUCCAUUCAAAUACUUGACAUGUCAAGCAAUAACUUCAAUGGGAUGAUGCAAUCUUCAUUCCUUCUACGGGCAUGGAACUUGAUCAAGCUCAAUGUUAGCAACAACAGUUUCACGGGUCCUAUUCCUUCCUCUCUUUGCAUCAAUUCUCCGUUUGUGAGGCUCCUUGAUUUCUCUCAUAAUCAUUAUAGUGGCCAAAUUCCUAAUGGACUUGGAGGAUGUUCUGAACUAGAAGUUCUUCGAGCAGGUUUUAACUCUCUCUCUAGAGUGCUCCCUCAUGAUAUACAUAAUGCGACAAGGUUGGAAGAAAUAUCUUUACCUUCAAAUUAUCUUUCAGGACCCAUUAGCAAUGACGUUGUGAACCUUACUAAACUCACCAACCUUGAGUUAUAUGGAAAUAAUUUUAGCGGUAAAUUGCCUGUCAAUAUCGGAAAUCUCUCCAAAUUAAAGUAUCUACUCCUUCAUAUGAACUUCUUAACAGGUUCUUUGCCUCCAUCUUUGAUGAAUUGUACUAAUCUCUCAAAAUUGAAUCUAUGGUUCAAUUUUUUUGAAGGAAAUAUCUCCACCUAUAAUUUCUCUAGUCUUCAUCAACUUUCUAUACUUGACAUAGGCAGAAAUAACUUCACAGGUAGCUUGCCAGUAAGCCUUUACUCAUGCAAGUCCCUAAGGGCUAUUCGACUUUCUCGAAAUCAACUAGAGGGACAAAUCCUGCCUGAGGUACUUCAAUUGAAAUUCUUAUCUUUCCUUUCCCUUGGUCACAAUAGGCUAACCAAUAUCACGGGGGCAAUCCAGAUUUUGUUGCAUUGCAAGAAUCUCAACAUAAUCUUCCUAGAAGGAAACUUUCUGCACGAGAAAAUGCCAGGUGAUGACCUUGUGGUUGGUUUUGAUGGAUUCAAAAAUCUUCGAGCUUUAAAUCUUGCUGAUUCCCAACUAACUGGUCAAUUGCCUAUAUGGUUAUCUAAGCUUAGGAAUCUAGAAACCCUAGAUCUAAGUUUCAAUCGUAUCACAGGUUCAAUUCCUGAUUGGUUGUCAACUCUUCCGAGACUUUUCCGUUUAGACUUAUCUAAUAACCUCAUUUCAGGUGAAUUCCCAAAGGAAUUUUGUUUAUUUCCAGCUCUAAUAUCUCCAAAGGCUCCAAGAGACGAUAUUUAUUUGUAUUUGCCAAUUUUUAUCAUUAAAAAUGGUGCACUUCUUCAGUACAAUUCUCUCUCAAACCUGCAACCAAAAAUAUACAUUUCAAACAACAAUCUUAGUGGCAAUAUCCCUAUUGAGAUUGGACGUUUGAAGCAGCUUCAUAUGCUAGGUCUUAGUCAUAACAACCUCUCAGGCAACAUUCCAAACCAAAUAUCUGAACUCACAAACCUAGAAAUACUAGACCUAUCUAGAAAUCAAUUGUUAGGAGAAAUACCAGCAUCCCUGACUAGUAUGCAUUUCUUGUCUAAUUUUAGCGUUGCAAACAAUAAUCUCCAAGGACCAAUACCUUCAAGCACUCAACUCCAGAGCUUUGAAGCCUCGGCAUAUGAGGGCAAUCCUAGACUUUGUGGUCCACCACUUCCAAAUGGGUGUGUUGAUAUUGUUAGCAGCAAGGUUGACAAGGACAUUCAAGAUGAUGAAAAUUGGCUUGGAAUGCCAUGGUUUCUGGUUAGUGUGGUUCUUGGCUUCUUUACAGGCUUUUGGGGAGUCUUGGGUUCUUUACUUUGUAACUACAAUUGGAGAGUCGCUUAUUUCCAAUUCCUUGACAAUGUAAAAAAGAGGCUCUAUGUCACACUAGGAAUGUGUUUCACUGGAUUGCACAUAAGGUUAUGA